GUGAAGAUCAUCAUCAGAGCCCCUCGAUGGAAAGCUAGUUCGUCCAAUUGAUUAUGUUUAUGGGUUUAUGGGCUAUAAUAUACCAGUUCGGUACGUAUUCUACGAAUCCUAGUGUUUUUGGACCGAAACUUACGAAACAACGCGUAUUCGAAAUGUGAGUUAUGAAACGACAAUAUUUCUUUGUUUUUGCCGAAUUCGAAAAGGUGUUCUUUGCUUAAAACACAACUUUGGUACUUAUGAAACAAAACAUAGCGUGUUCGGAAGCUAGAAUACAAAAAAUAUGGAGUUUCGUAUUGUAGGAACCAAACUAAAUUAGUAUAAAAAAAUUAGGGGCAUUUUGGUAUUUUGGGGGGUUUAAGAGCAACUAGUCGGCCUAAAAAGCCAAUUUUAUGAGAUGGGUUGUGGAGGUAUGACAGUCUAUUGGGCCGUAAGUCCAAACCCAAUCACCCAACUGGCGCUAAUGGUAUAAACACGAAGCCGUCAGAGUGAAAUGGAGAGAAACCCUAGCAGCGAUACCCAUCCCAUCCGUGAGAAGUGAACCCUAGCAAGGAAGAAGAUCCAAGCCAGUGUUAUCGCAAUCAUGGCCGAUGUUGAACCUGAGGUAGCAGCACAAGGAGUGCCAAAGAAGCGUACAUUCAAGAAGUUCAGUUUCCGUGGAGUUGAUCUCGAUUCUCUCUUGGAUAUGAAGACUGAUGAACUCGUCAAGCUUUUCUCUUCUCGUGCCCGCAGAAGGUUUCAACGUGGUUUGACCCGUAAGCCUAUGGCACUCAUCAAGAAGCUCCGCAAGGCAGCCGAUGUUGAACCUGAGGUAGCAGCACAAGGAGUGCCAAAGAAGCGUACAUUCAAGAAGUUCAGUUUCCGUGGAGUUGAUCUCGAUUCUCUCUUGGAUAUGAAGACUGAUGAACUCGUCAAGCUUUUCUCUGCUCGUGCCCGCAGAAGGUUUCAACGUGGUUUGACCCGUAAGCCUAUGGCACUCAUCAAGAAGCUCCGCAAGGCAGCCGAUGUUGAACCUGAGGUAGCAGCACAAGGAGUGCCAAAGAAGCGUACAUUCAAGAAGUUCAGUUUCCGUGGAGUUGAUCUCGAUUCUCUCUUGGAUAUGAAGACUGAUGAACUCGUCAAGCUUUUCUCUGCUCGUGCCCGCAGAAGGUUUCAACGUGGUUUGACCCGUAAGCCUAUGGCACUCGUCAAGAAGCUCCGCAAGGCAAAACGUGAGGCACCAGCUGGUGAGAAGCCGGAACCUGUGAGGACUCACCUCCGUAACAUGAUCAUCGUGCCUGAGAUGAUUGGUAGCAUCAUUGGUGUCUACAACGGAAAGACCUUCAAUCAGGUUGAAAUUAAGCCUGAAAUGAUUGGUCACUAUUUGGCUGAAUUCUCAAUCUCUUACAAGCCUGUUAAGCAUGGUAGACCUGGUAUUGGUGCUACUCACUCCUCAAGGUUUAUUCCUCUCAAGUGAAGAUCAUCAUCAGAGCCCCUCGAUGGAAAGCUAGUUCGUCCAAUUGAUUAUGUUUAUGGGUUUAUGGGCUAUAAUAUACCAGUUCGGUACGUAUUCUACGAAUCCUAGUGUUUUUGGACCGAAACUUACGAAACAACGCGUAUUCGAAAUGUGAGUUAUGAAACGACAA